AUGCAGGUUCCAAACUGUCAAGAUCCUUGGAGAAAUCAAGGAGUUCAGUUGAAGGAUGCUUCUCCAGAUGGAAGGGGGCUUGAACCAAGGUCAUCUGGACAAAAUGUUGGUGGGCCUCCUAGUUAUGAAGAUGUUGUGAGUGACGGUCAUAGCCCUGUUGAUACCAAGAGCAACUGCUCCACCACCACCAGCUGCCGCGCCACACCACCUCCAGUUACCACUACGCCGCCACCACCUGCAGUGACAGUCAACAAUGAAAACGAUGGGUUUGACUUUUUUGAUCCCCGUGGUGUUGUUCCUGCUCCUGCCCUUGCGUUUGCCCUGCAAGGAUCAGGUGGUGGAGAGAUGGAGGAUUUGUUUGGUUCUCUAUCAGAGUCUUUCUCUUCUUCAAAUGCUUUGGCUGUUGUAACAUCUACUUCAUCUAUAACCACUGAAGUUCAUCCUCCAGCAAAUACUAAUCCUCAUCUCACCUUCGAUACCUCAUCGACAAGUCGGCUUAACCACCAACAUCACCCUUCACUACAACUGUUGCUGAACCACCAUCAUUUUCAGUUGACCCAAUGUCAGGGUCAGGGGGAUUUGGGGAUACUUUUGAUUUUGAUUCAACUGUUGACAUUUUUAGCUGAUAUAUUGCCUCCACCUGGACCCUCGCAAAUUGCUUUUCCUUCUCAAAAUGGUCAAGCAUCUAGUAUUUCAGCAGAAGCAGCCUAUGCCACAGUUAGCUUUUCCACCUCAAGGUGUCCAGCAGCAGCAACCUAUGCCACAGUUAGCUUUUCAACUUCUAGGUGGACACCAAUCUAUGCCACAAUCAGCUUCUCAACUUCCAGGUGUCCAGCAGCAGCAGUAGUUGCCACAGUCAGCUUUUCAACUUCCAUGUGGCCACCAGUCAGCUUUUCAAAGUCUAAGUGUUCAGCAGUCUAUGCCACAGUUAGCAGCUUUACAAUUCCAAGGAGGCCAACAGUGUAUGCCAUAGUCAGCAGCUUUUCAACUUCCACAUAUGCAUUAGGUCACAUUUUGUGCAAUGUAUACGUCUUGAUUCAUCAGAAAAGUAAUCACUAG